GCACUGCGAUGCAAACAUUAACAGUGCAGGCAUUGGCAAGAUAGCAAGAUGAAAAUAACAGUGGUCUUCAUGGUCUUGGCGGUCGUGGUGUGCGCCACGGCCCAGGAAUCCGGACAAGUACCUUGGUCCGUCGGCCCAAAUGUGUUACCAGGAAUACCAGGCAGCCCCAUUGCAUAUAAUCGGCCAAAGACUCUAUUGGAAUCAAUACCAUUCCCAAUUCCAUUGCGUCAAUUAAUAGAUCCACUUGGAUUGUUCCACUCUACUGAACAACGCUCUAUCUCUUGGCCUUCUUGGCCUUGGUUACGGUCCCUAGGAAAACCUAAAGCAACCUCUGGAAACAUCCCAACAACAUCCGGAAGUGCAUGGACAAGUGUACCAGGGAUACCUGAAAGUGCAUGGACAAGUGCACCACGGUUACCUGAAAGUGCAUGGGCAAAUGCAAAUGACGAGAUCCCAACUGGAAUCCUAACUGGAAUCCCAACUGGAAUCCCAAAUGGAAUCCCAACUGGAAUCCCAACUGGAAUCCCAACUGGUAUCCCAAAUGGAAUCCCAAAUGGAAUCCCAACUGGAAUCCCAACUGCAGUUCCACCACAAUAUGUACUAGGAUAAGAAAUGUAAAAACUACCAAGGAAGGAAACAAUGGCGAAAUAUUAAGAUUUCAUUGGGAAAAUAUUGUAAUAUAAUUAUUUUUGUAAUUAACAAAAUAAAUUAUCACUGGGAGUAAUAUCUAAAUUAAA